AAAACAACGCCGUGAUAGUGACUUUGAAGUCGUCAUAGCCUCAUAGGCUCGUGGCCAUAGCCACCACAACAUCGCAGCCCUCAAAAGCUCAAUAUAGCUCCUUCUCGAGAGAAGCUUAGACCGUCAAAACGCGAAGAAUGGGGUCGUUUUUGCAGUCGCUGAUAGAUCCGAGGAAGAACUGGUUCGCCCGCCAGCACAUGAAGGCAGUCUCCAAGCGCCUCCGUCACUACGGGCUUCGAUACGACGAUCUGUACGAUCCUUACUACGAUUUGGAUAUCAAGGAGGCUCUGAAUCGGCUGCCCAGGCAGAUAGUCGACGCGCGCAACCAGCGUCUCAAGCGCGCCAUGGACCUUUCUAUGAAGCACGAGUACCUCCCUGAAGAUCUUCAGGCUAUGCAAACUCCAUUUAGAAGCUACCUCCAAGACAUGCUGGCUCUGGUGAAGAAAGAAAGGGCAGAGCGUGAGGCUUUGGGAGCUUUGCCUCUCUAUCAGCGCACCAUUCCAUAAGCAUGCUAUUGCCUCUUUAUUGGAAUGAAUUAUUGGAUGAAAUUAUAGCAGUGUUUCUGGUAGAUGCUUCCAUACCUUCAGGGGAUUAUUUUCGUGUUUUAAGUUUUUCCCGAGUAUUAGGCACUUGAGGGCCUAAAUUGGAACAUAGUGUAUUACUGUCAUAUUCUGGAAGAGUUCUUUGUUUUUCAAUAAAUGUAUGAUUCAACUAUUAAUUUCUUCAAUAUGCCUAUUGCAAUAAGCUCAUUUGACUA